AUGAAGUUUACUGGAGCAUUUACGCUCGUUGCGCAGUUGGCGCUUGUCUCUGCUACUCCACUGAUCCCUCUACCGACGUGCUUGUUGAUCAACCCUUUACUGCGCGUCCUCCGACAAGAUGCUUCAGCGACCCCAUUUUGUUCAAGCUAUCUUUCGAUCGCGACCGUAACUAGCACCGCAACCGCAACCGCAACCCCAGCAUCGAUCACCGCGUCGGCCAGCACCACCACGACGCUGCCAGUUGCAACGAUCGUAUCAUUAACUACGACAAGCACCACGACAACACUUCCUACCGUCACUUCGGUGGUACCUGAGACUACCUUUACAACCACGACUUUGGACCAGGCUACUUUCGUUGUACCUGAAACGACGUCGACGACGACUACUCUCGAUGUGGCGACUGUUACAAGUACCGCCAGCGAGACCACGACCACUGUAUUGUCCUUCACGACCAACUCGCGAUCGACGGCGGUCACGACCGUUACUUCUACCAGCCUUUCUGCAACCGACUUCACAUGUGCAACUGGUGCAGGUCAGCUUGCCGCCUUUACACCCGGGGCACAAGCUGUUGCUGCCCGAGCCAUUGGUAUUUCUGUUGCCAUUGUACCUACGCCAACAGCUCUUCGUGGUCUGCUCGCUCCUGCCAUUUCCAAUGCUUGCUCGUGCUUGCAGAUCCCUACUCCAAGCACUACGGUCACAACUACUAGGACUCUCGCACCAGGAACCGUUACUACAACGAACACCAUCACCGAGUCACCAUCGACAACUGUUACCAGCACGCAGACUAAUACAAUCACUGAAUCACCGACAACUAUCAUAACUUCUACCCAAAUCAUCGUGGUGACCGAGUCGCCAACUACUACUGUGACCAGUACGCAGACCAAUAUCAUAACCGAGUCCCUAUCAACAACGAUUACCACCACUACCACUAGCAUCGUGUCAGAAUCCAGUACUUUUACCCAAACCCUGCCGCCUAUCACUUCAACAAGGGUAAUCAUAGUGAUCCAACCCACUCCCUCGACUUACCCAGGACUCAGGACCUAUGAAUACAGAAACAACCUCAACUUCAACAAUCCAAACCCCGGAGAAGACGUAACAGCUUACAAUAACCGCAACUUCCUCAGCACAGGACUCACUCCCGACAUAAACGGAAUCAGCUCCCGCGGCGGCACCAACUGCAACGUCCCUGGCGCAGGCUUCAAAGACUGCACACAACUCUCCCUCGUCUACCAAGGCUUCCUCUACGCUCCAAUCACAGGAACUUACACCCUCUCUGUACCCGAAGGAGGCGUCGCAGUCGAUAACUACUUCGGAGUAUGGAGUGGACCAACAGCUUAUGCGUCCUACAACAACGGCAAUGCGGAUUUCAUCGCUCGCAGAGAAGGCGAUGGGAGAGGCGGCGUGAAUCAGAAUGGUGGCUCCUCGCAGCUCAGAUUGAUCGCCGGACAAUACUUUCCAGUGACGUUCAUUUUUAUCAAUGGAGGUGGGCCUGGGUCUGUGGAAUUUCGUGUUACGACUCCGGGUCAGCCUACUACUGCUAGUACGGCUGGGCUGUUCAUUCCUGCGUGUAUCGGGAGUAAUCCUUUUUCGAAUAGGCCUUGA